AUGGCUGCGGUCAUGUCUGAUCUUUCCUGUACCGGUAACAAUGAAAGUAUUAAGUCUUUGCAUCUGACUUACAAGGCUGCCCAGCAAAUCACCGAGACUCUCUGGGUUAGUGAGCGGAAUGAAGAACUCAAAUCUUUCUGUGCCAGUCUCAUGGCGUAUUUCAGCAUGAUCAAGAGGAGCUUGAGUAACACGGACCAUACAAAUGUCUCUCGUGUGGACAACGAACUGGCCACCAUGUUGCUGGCACCAAUCAAGAUCAUGUUUCCAACUAGCAGUAACCUGGGACGUGCUAAGCAAGGAGCUGAGGUUGGUUCCGCGAAGCCGAACAAUAUCGCAUUGAUGGACCUGAUGGAAAUAUACGAGUCAAGGGCUGAAUUACUGAAGUCACUGGCUAUAUGCGAGGAAACGCUACGUGAUAGCUACCCCGAAGGCCUUACCCGAUGGGAUACAGAAGAACCUUCGCCUCAGCUUGUUAUCGCAGAGCUUCCUUAUGGUAUUUCUUGUGCUGCACAAUCAAUGUUCGAAGCUAUGGUGGCAUGCAACGAUUGUCCAUGUACACCAGAACAUGACUUAGGAGCCCGGCUGUAUUUGGGUACCCAUCGGAAGCCGGAGGCUACCUUGGGGGCUGAAGAUGAAGAGAUCAUUUACUUCGACAUGUUUCUCUCUACGCAAUGCGACUGGCAAGAAGUCCGAGUUCAUGCGUCGAGGAACACAGUUGGCCAGAUAGUGACUGGUCCAGCAACUGAUUCUCAGUCAAAGAGAAAUCGCACAGAAGUCAAAGCGCUGAGAAUCAAGAGACUAUGCAAGGCAAUAGCAAAGAUCAAGACGAUGGCUGCAUACCGCCUCGAGCUCAAGGUGUUACAGAAUCAGCUAUUUCAGCUGCAUCCAAAAAGGGGCAACUCUGCUAUCGACACGUCACAGAACGCACUUUCGCUCCAGGACAUCUUGAGGCAUGCGAAAGGCGCUUUUACUGAGAGAACAAAACGAGUCCUGGCUGUUAUCUUAGCCUCAACAGUGUUUCACCUCUACGGCACCCCGUGGCUACAGUCAACUUGGGGCUCGGCUGAUAUUUUAUUCUUUCGCAAAUCAUCCUCUGGCAUAUCUUUCAGGCCAUUCAUCAACACUGCCCUUCCGCGACUUCAUCCUUCGGUGGUCGCAGCUGCUACAGAAAACCCCGACUCCAAUGUUGCUUCAGAAGAGACUGACGAACCUGAUCUGGAGGACUUCUUCACUCAUCUAUGCCCAGCGGUUAUCACAUUGGCAUUCGUGCUACUGGAAGUGUAUUUCGAAACCCCUUUCGAUAUCCUCGCACAGAAAUUCAACGUCAAACUCGGAGCAGAUACAGAACCCUCAGCCUUUACUAGAUACAUGGAUGUGAACCUUGUGUUUCAGGCCUGCAGGGCAGAAAUUCCUCAAAACUCACAAUUUUACCUGGCCUUGACAAAUUGCUUUGAACAACAGGUCUGGCAAGACGAAAAUGGAGAUGUGCUAGACACUUUGCCUCUGAGAACGAUGAUUUAUCAAAAGGUCAUACUACCGCUGGAGACGGAACUCAGCCAAGCCUACAAUUCCAUACCGAUUGAAGAACUUGACAAAUUUGCACAAAAGUUGGACUUUGGGAGGUACAGUCAAUUCAGUGGCGACUUCACAUCGUAUGCGGAUUCUCAAGUCGCUGAGGUAAGCUCACGUGGCUCUGCUUCCAUGGCUCAACAGCCAUCUUCACCUGUCCUGAAUUAUCCUAUUCACGGUUUCAGGAAUGGAAGACAUGCUGAGGAUGACGAGCUAAAUACUCAAGGUUAUCCUCAUUCUGCGUACACUGUGGGCGUUAUCUGUGCUCUUCCUCUGGAGCUCCGGGCAGUACGAGCGCUCUUUGAUACAGAACAUAAAGAGCACACCAGACUAAAAGGGGACAGCAACACGUAUGCACUCGGUACUAUGGGCGGACAUUUGAUAGUUGCUGCUUGCCUCCCCUCUGGCGAGUACGGAACAAAUCCAGCUGCUGACGUCGCCUCCAAUAUGGCAAGAACUUAUCCUGAGAUUGAAUUCUGUCUCUUGGUCGGGAUUGGUGGUGGAGCACCCUCCCCAGAGACAGAUAUUCGCCUAGGAGAUGUUGUGGUCAGUCAUCCAACAUCAACAUCUUCUGGCGUAAUUCAAUAUGACAGGGGUAAAGAGUACCAAGGAAAUAAAUUUGAACUCACUGGGAGCCUCCACGGACCACCGCGAUGUUUGAGGACCGCUAUAAGUGCACUUCGCUCAAAGCCUGACCUGUCUUCAAAUUCCCUCCAGCCAUUUAUUGAAGAUAUUACUGGAAGCAUACCAUAUUCGUCUUCAUCAGACUACAGUCACCCCGGACAAGAGAAUGAUCGUCUGUUCAAGACAGUAUGCUCAAUCUGCUUUGCAGGCAGAGACUGCGCUGAGGCGGACAGCCAUGUGCAGCGCCGGGCACUCCGGACAACAGAUCAGCCCGAAAUACAUUAUGGCAUUAUCGCAUCAGGAAACAAGGUGCUUAAGGAUGCUGCUGCACGUGACCGAUGGGCAAAAGAACGUGGCAUAUUAUGCUUUGAGAUGGAAGCGGCAGGGGUCAUGAAUACCCUCCCAUGCCUAGUUAUCCGCGGCAUCUGCGAUUAUGCGGAUUCUCACAAAGACAAAAUGUGGCAGAAUUACGCUGCAGCAACUGCAGCAGCUUAUGCUAAGUUACUGCUCCGCCACACUGCCUCUAGUAGCACGGAAUGGAAGACUGCAAGAAGAGGUCUCAAGAACCCCUUGAAGAAAGACAGUAAUGAAGAAAGACCAGAGGCGAAGCGGCAGAAAACUUAG